AAGGGAUCCUGGUUUGUCCCUGCAGCCAGCCUAGCAUAGAAGUCCAGUCAUCGGAGCAGCGCCGCGCUCACACCCACUCGUCUGGCUGUUCUUCACCCAAGCAGCCGAUUUCACCGCGACGACUGAGAGCCAUCUCUGAGGCCAAGAGUCAAAACACAUUUGCAUAACUGCUCAAAAUGAAUCUUGAGCCACCGAAGGCCGAGAUCAAGUCGGCCACCCGCGUAAGUGGAGGCCCCGCCACCCCACGCAAGGGCCCCCCCAAGUUCAAGCAGAGGCAGACCCGUCAGUUCAAGAGCAAGCCUCCUAAGAAGGGGGUGCAGGGCUUUGGUGACGAUAUCCCCGGCAUGGAGGGCCUGGGCACGGACAUCACUGUUAUCUGCCCCUGGGAGGCCUUCAGUCACCUGGAGCUGCACGAGCUGGCCCAGUACGGCAUCAUCUGAGCCUUCCUGCACCCCCCUGCCACCCUCUGAGGGUUCCAGGCGGUGCUUCUCAAACCAUCUGCCUCAGGCUCCAUCUCCAACAUUUACAUGGAACCGCUCAAAAGAAACAGUGAUGAACUGCAACAAACAUAAAAAUUGAAAAAUGGGAAAAAAUUGUCACAAAAAAAAAACCUUCUCUCUUCUGUGUCUUUGGACUGUUCUUCUGUCUGCAGCACCACUGCUCACAUUUAGGAUCUGUCGAUUUCUGUCUCAUCAUGUCACUCUCUAGACCGGACCAGAACCUUUCCUCUCCUGCUCUUUUCUCGUUUGCUCUGCAUCCUUUCUUCUUUUUCUAUACACCUGAGGGAAAAACAAGAAACUUACGCAAGCAAGGCAGCCUCACAGUGAGUAAAGAAACAGACCCGUGAGGUGGGUGGGUCCCCACUUCACGCGCUGCGGCACCUCUUUUCCCAGCGUAGAGGUUUCCUCCAUCCACGCCGCGCUUCAUAAAAGACAUAACCUGAAUUCUGUAGAGAGCAGACACCAGCUGGCCAUUGCUGAGCGUAACCAAGCAGGAUCAACCUAUUCUUAUGUAAUGCUUCAUUUUUCCAUUCUAUGUCAUUUCAGUCAUUUAGUUGUUCCUUUUUAAAUGUCCAGAAAACACUUAGAUGUUUUGGGUCACAGUUCAGAGUGAUGUGAUUGUCAGUACUUCAUAAACUUUAUCGUUUUUAAUAGUGGAAAACAUCCUUUAUAUGUCUCCUUUUUCUACACAUCCCUUGUAUUGUAUAAUAUUUGUAUACAUAUAUCCUGUUUUCUCAGUGUGUUUAUGUAACUUCACCAUGCUUGUCUGUCAUGUUAAUAUUUUGAAGCUUUUAGUUCCAACACUCCCACAAAGUCAUUCUGUCUUCCAUCCCUCUGAGUCCCGUUUGUCUGCGGUUUCAUCUCCACGUCUCCUUCCCACAUGGACGGAUGCACUGACGGAGGGCAGAGGGAUGAAUGACAAAAGUCACAUGACUAAGAUCUGAUGGAAAGAGUAAUGGAGCUUUGUCCUCUCUACAGGACGAUGGGGAAAAAAUAAAGCAUAAAAAGGGUAAAAUAAAAA